AUGGCAUCAAUACCCAGGAAAGCUUCCGUUAAUUUAUUGGUGUCUUUGAUCAGCAGAUCGAACUUUCACCGUCUUGCAAGGCGAUCAGUGCAUGGUUUGUUUCAUGGAGGAAAGAUUGUGUACAAGGUGCGGAGUGGGGCAGGUGAUGGUGUCACUCCUUUGGUGGCAGGUCAUGGUGUCAUGACUUACUCGUGCAGGGCAGGUGACUGUCGAACGUUUGACACACAUGACUGCAAAGUCAAGCCGAAAUUUUUGCUCGGCAUUCCAUACGACGAAACGAAACACGACCCCAGCGGAUGGUGGAUGAGCGAGAAACUGGACGGUGUCAGGGUCAUGUGGGAUGGAAGGUCAGUCAGGGUCACGUGGGGUGAAGGUCAGUCAGGGUCAUGUGGGAUGGAAGGUCAGUCAGGGCAAUGUGGGGUGAAAGGUCAGUCUGGGCCACGUGGGGUGGAAGGUCAGUCAGGGCAAUGUGGGGUGAAAGGUCAGUCAGGGUCAUGUGGGAUGGAAGGGCCAUGUGGGAUGGAAGGUCAGUCAGGGCCAUGUGGGAUGGAAGGUCACUCAGGGUCAUGUGGGGUGAAGGGGAUGGAAGGUCAGUCGGGGCCAUGUGGGAUGGAAGGUCAGUCAGGGCAAUGUGGGAUGGAAGGUCAGUCUGGGCCAUGUGGAAUCUAA